CUUUAGUUGCUUAAGCCAAACAUUAACACAGACAAACUGAGAGGAAUCUCUAGUCUGCUUGAGGAACAGAGAUGACUCCGGAAAAGAAGCCCAAGGCAGUAAUAGUAGGAGGGAGCAUUGCAGGCGUAUCAUGCUCACACUCGCUCAUAUUAGCAGGGUGGGAUGUUGUGGUGCUUGAGAAAUCAUAUCAAGUCCCGACUGGGAGCCCAACUGGUGCAGGACUAGGACUUGACCCUCUCUCCCUGCAACUCAUUCAGUCAUGGAUCAAAGACCCUGAGCUUCUCAACAGUACUACUCUACCCCUCACAAUUGAUCAGAAUGAUGCUGUGGAUGGUGAGAAGAAGGUUAGGUGGACACUGACUAGAGAUGAGAAGUUUAACUGCAGAGCAGCAUAUUGGGCUGACCUGCAUGCUCUUUUGUACCAUGCUUUGCCACCUAACUUGUUUCUUUGGGGUCACCAGUUCCAGUCUUUCUCCAUUUCUAGUGACAAGAGAUCAGUUCAAGUGAAGGCUUUAGCCCUUCAAAGUAAUGAGAUCAUCGAAGUCGUCGGCGAUUUGCUUGUUGCAGCAGAUGGGUGUCUCUCUAAAAUCCGCCAAAGUUUUGUCCCUGAUCAGAAGUUGAGGUAUUCAGGAUAUUGUGCUUGGAGAGGGGUUCUUGAUUUUUCUGGAAAUGAGAAUUCUGAAACUAUAAUGGGGAUUCGAAAGGCGUACCCUGAGCUUGGGAAAUGCUUGUACUUCAGUUUAGGUUCUGGGAGUCACAAUGUGCUGUAUGAGCUUCUGAACAACAGGCUGAAUUGGAUUUGGUAUGUCCAUCAACCAGAGCCUGAUCUGCAGGGUAAUUCAAUGACUGCAAAGGCGAGCAGCAAUAUGAUCCAGGCAUUGCACAGGGAAGCAGAGAAGAUGUGGCUUCCUGAGUUCGUUAGACUCAUCAAAGAAACAAAUCACCCUUUCAUAAAUGCCAUAUAUGACAGUGAACCCUCGGAGCAGAUUUACUGGGACAAUGUGGUAUUGGUUGGAGAUGCAGCUCACCCUACAACUCCUCAUGCUUUAAGAAGCACAAAUAUGUCUGUCUUAGAUGCUGCAGUGUUAGGCCAGUGCCUGAAGAAGUGGGGUGCAGAAAACUUGCAAUCAGCUCUUGAAGAAUAUCAGUCCAUUCGGUUACCAGUAGUAUCGAAGCAAGCCCUUCAUGCAAGGAGGAUGGGGCGUAUUAAACAAGGUCUAGCUCUUCCUGAUCGGCAGAUUUUUGACCCCAAGACAGCUACUCCAGAGGAGUGCCAAGAGCUUCAACAGAGGCUAAUGCCUUUCUUCUCUGAUGUUCCUUCUAUACUAUUGUGAUUUGAGUAGGUCGAUCAGGGGAUCGCCCCAAGGGUUGCUAUAUGCUCCUGGUGUUCUCUCGUUUUGUAUUCAAAAUGAUUUCAUGCAGCCAAUAAGACAUGAUCUCAUAUGAGCAUUGUAUCAGUUUUACCGUGUCUUAUGUUGUGCAACUAGUUUGCCGGAAAAGAAUCAGUUUUAUCUGAUA